AAGCGGAAGUCACAAUGGGCGCCUACAAGUACGUUGAGGAGCUGUGGCGGAAGAAGCAGAGCGAUGUGCUCCGCUUCCUCCUCCGUGUGCGGUGCUGGGAGUUCCGCCAGAUGCCCAGCAUCGUGCGCCUGACGCGUCCCUCCCGCGCGGACAAGGCCCGCCGCAUGGGCUACAAGGCCAAGCAGGGCUACGUUGUGUACCGCGUGCGCGUUCGCCGCGGCAACCGCAAGCGGCCUGUGCACAAGGGCAUUGUCUACGGCAAGCCCGUUAACCAGGGUAUCACCCAGCUGAAGCCCGCCCGCAACCUGCGCAACGUGGCUGAGGAGCGCGCCGGUCGCAAGUGCGGCGGUCUGCGCGUCCUGAACUCUUACUGGGUCAACCAGGAUUCGUGCUACAAGUACUUCGAGGUGAUCAUGGUGGACCCCGCCCACGCGGCCAUCCGCAACGACGCCCGCAUCAACUGGCUGUGCAACCCCGUGCACAAGCACCGCGAGCUGCGCGGCCUGACCUCCGCCGGCAAGAACUACCGCGGCCUGCGCGCCAAGGGCCACCGCGCCAGCAAGACCCGCCCCUCGAAGAGGGCCAGCUGGAAGCGCCGCAACUCGCUGUCGCUGCGCCGCUACCGCUAAACGUUUACUCCUCGUGGUGUUUGAUCAUCCGCCUGGCGCUGCUACAUUUAUCUGGUUUUGUAACGACUUGGCUAGCGGAUUUG